AUGGAACCAAACAACCAAGAACAAUCCACAAGCCGGCAUUUCGAAGCCAACGGCUCGAAAAACGACGAUCUCUUAGGAGUCGGUCGGUUAUACGAGUGUGUGUUUUGCAAGAGGGGUUUCAACACGGCGCAAGCUUUAGGUGGGCACAUGAAUAUUCACCGAUCGACGAGGGAUCAUCAUCAUCAUCAUCAUCAUCAUCAUCAUAAGGCGACUACCAAGAAAAAACUCGUCUCAACAAACGAAACCCACAAGCAGCAACAAGAAAGAAAUCGUCAAAAUUUCGCGUGUCGUGAUGAUGAUUUCAUCGGCCGACCUAGCUCAAGUUUGUCGACCGAGAGUUUUUCGGCUUCUGCAAGUCCCGCCACGAAAAUAACCUCAUUCGGGAUGAAGUUUUUUGGCGAUUUGAAUUCGGGUUCGGGUUAUGACCCGAAAAUAUUGUUGGGGAACAAUAGGGAUGUGAAAAGUGCGAGUCAAUGUGAGAAAGAGGAACUUGAUUUGGAGCUUCGACUUGGCUUUUGA